GGUCCCAGACUCCGCUGGAGGACAUGCCCCCCCGCAUCGUGGAGCACCCCACGGAUCUCCUGGUCUCCAAGGGGGAACCAGCCACGCUGAGCUGCAAGGCCGAGGGGCGCCCGGCCCCGGCUGUGGAGUGGUACAAAGACGGGGAGCGAGUGGAGACGGACCGAGAGGAUCCCCGUUCCCACCGCACCCUCCUCCCGAGCGGGUCCCUCUUCUUCCUCCGCAUCCUGCACGGGCGGCGUGGGAAGCCCGACGAGGGAGUCUAUGUCUGCGUGGCCAGGAAUUACCUGGGGGAGGCCACCAGCCGCAAUGCCUCCCUGGAGGUGGCCACGCUGCGAGACGAGUUCCGCCAGCCGCCCGGGGACGUGGUGGUGGCGGCGGGAGAGCCGGCGGUGCUGGAGUGCGUCCCGCCCCGCGGCCACCCCGAGCCCAGCGUCUCCUGGAAGAAGAACG